AUGGGAACCCGGGGCCUCGUUUAUAUCCGCUGCCGUGGAAGAUACUUCGUCUAUUACAACCAAUUUGACAGCUACCCUGAGGGAUUGGGCGACGCCAUCGUGAAUGAGAUACCUGAAGAUCCUGAAAAAUAUCAAGAAUGGCUCCGAUUCAUGCGAACAGCCUAUGCUCGACUUGUUGAGCAGUUCGAGACACAAGUUCUCCCAGUUAAGGUUCAAAGCACCCGAGAGGAAUACUCGAGCGUGGCUCUGAAAGAGCGGUACGAACACAGCUUCUGGGCCGUCGAUGACCGACUAGAACUGCCCCCGCUACAGACAGUGGUCCCGGAGCUGAUGAAUGCGUGGAAUAUCGAAUGGGCCUACACCCUCGAUCUAGACCGGGAGGUAUUGUCGGUUGACAACUCUCUUCAUCUAUACCUAGCCAGACUUCCCCAUUCAGGGGACUGGAUCAGGUAUCUUGGAGUAGAUAGCCGACGCCGUCGGGCAGCUGGUCGGUGCACCCCCGAAGGGGUAGUCGCCAAUAUUUGCUGGAAGCCGGAGGUGAACAAUGCCUCCAGAGAUAGGUAUGGCCACUUGGACAUCCAGGUCGCUCCGCUGGGAACAUUCUACGACCAGGAAGACAUCACGGAUGCACGCGAGUCAUUACUGGCUGCCACUUUCACGCGCAUGCACAAUAGGUAUCGACCUGUCCUGGAUGCCUAUCUUCCGGAGUGGGAUCCCAGUUGUUUUUCAUUCAGAGAGAUAGCUUUUGCCAUACUGUCCAUCGCUGCUGGUGAAAUGACUCUCGAGUGCGCUCAGAGCUUGGACCAGAACCGUAAGGCAGAAGGCUAUUACCUGGCUCGGCACGAUGUCUCCCCUGAAUUGACUGCGCCCUGUUAUCUGCCGACUGUUCUUCCACAGUUCCUGCACGAGUGUCACCUCCCGGGCGUUCAGUCUGGCUCAGCACCCGGAGGCAAGUUAUACUGGCUCAGAAAUGUCCUUGUAUACUUGGCUACUAGACUGGAUAUGGUCGAGGUCGAAGAGGCCUCCAUUACCGAAGUUGUGGAAGCUGGUCUCAAGCAGGGACUAAAGAACUUCCAUGCCAUGGUAUUCUCAAUCCUAGACGUGGUGCUGCUUCGUGUUCACGUGGGCCCAGAUGGAACCGCACAUAUUAGCAGGUCUCCUCUUACGACGCUUAUAUAUUUUGAUGAUCAUAACUCAAAGUUUGCAAAUGGUCCUCGGACAAGGGUGUCGCCUCACAGUCCUGAACAGGGAGAUACGCGCGCAUCGGAGGAGCCUUCGAAUGGUUCCAGGGAUGUGGAAGUUGCCAGCCCAUGCUAUUCAGAAAACCCUACGCGAGAAUACAUUGCUAGCCCUACCCACGGAGAUGUCCCUGGUACAGAGGAUGUGGCCGCCUCUCUUUGGGAAUCCCGAUCUUCGAGUUCUGAUCAUAUGGAGCCACUUCUGCCUGUUCAUGAAGCCCCUAGUACUGAGGAUGGCCAUGGCUUCAGCCCUGCCCAUUCGCCGGUCGCCACUGACGGGAUCGAAGCUGCUGCUAGUUCUGAGCUACAAGAGGGGUCUCAGCUUGAAUACCCAGCCAGCGGCUCAGAAUAUUCGAAAAACAUAGUAUACGAAGCCGAAUACGAGGAGUCUGUUGAUGAUGGUUCACGGCAGAAGAUGCGAGCGGAUGCUUUUCUGGCAGUUUUACGUUUCUUUGAUUCAGCUACCUAUCAAUAUCUGAAGUAUGCAAAUUCGCGCGUGUUCCCCAACGAGAUACUUGGAGCCAUUAUGAAGUUCUCCGAUACACAGACCUGUCGCGCGCUUGGCGAAGUGUCAUCUUACUGCCGAAGACUCGGCAACCGUGAGUUUCGCUUGAACGAUGACUAUGCUGUUGUGGGUUUCGACAUUGCCGAAAACAGCUUUAUCUUGGAAGACCUGCACUCAGGAAAGAAGAGCAAUUCUCAGAUGAGGCAAUUCAAUGAAGAGUCGUGGUUUCCUAUCACCCUCAAAGAUGAUGAGGUAAAGUUGAAUCCUGUGAUCGGAGUUGCAGAUGCCGCUAGACAAAGCAUACUGGAUUCUGUGUGCCUUGUAUUCUCGGAGGUAGUUCAGAGGCGUCCUCCUUAUGAAAAGCAGAUAGACAUGCCUGAACAAAUGUAUUACGAUUAUUUCGGCGGCAGUCGAGUCCAAAAGCCCGAGUUUCUAUUUGACCUGGAAGAAUACAUGUAUGUCGGGUCAGUCGAAGAUGGCUGGGGCAGGUAUAUCGCGAGAAGGUACCAGCUCAGCAGUGGGUUGGAUCAUCCGGACCAUUUGAUCGUUCAUAUUCGCGGCCCGACAUUUCGUUGUCUUCUACCCCCUAGGUGCCGUGAGCUUAUCGUGGACUUCACUUAUUGCAAUGGGUUGUAUUGCUUUUUGCGCCAUGUGCGUGACGAAAGUCCCGAGGAAUGGGACCUGACAGAGAAACAUGCUCUGCGCCAGCUUCAACAACGAGAGAACUCGGAGAAUUUGACUUUUACUGUCAGUGCCAGAGGACGACCUGUUGUUGUGGCCUUCUCUACGAGGACCAGGCUAUUUUAUUAUGUCUACCGACAUGAAGAAGCCCCAGCCCUUGGAGCCGAUGCUAGUUCGUUUUCUCAUGAUAUCGCUGCACGAUGCACGGAUCCAGAUCCCCGUCGACGUCUUGUUCCACUUCUUCCCGGAGGCAAAACCAUCGACCUAAAGAAUAAAGAUGAUAGAGACGAGUUCGAGAGCUGGAUCACGAUCUUCUGCGGUAAUACAGGCAAGUCGACUGAGUGGGAUCCUUUCACAGAACAGCAAGGACCGCUUAUUCCCAACAAAAACGUGCCCAGAAGUCCUGUACAUGACACUGACGAGCCGUUCCUGUAA